GGGCAGCAGUGACUGGGGAACAUUCCCGGUGAGAACCGUUGUGAUUUCAACUGAUAUUUUCCCCUGUUUCCAGGUUCGGAAGCUAAUCGUGUUUGCUUGGCUGGGGUCCAGAGACUGGACCUGGAAGUAUAUUGAGUGGGCAGGAGCACAUCUCUUGUCUACAAUGCUGUCUGCUCUCUCCUUCUUGGUCUUAACUCAAGCUGUGGUGGUUCCAGGUAGCGUUACACAUGGGCAGGGUGAAUGCCCAGUGGUGUAUUUUGAUGGCUCACAUCCAGUCAUGCUGAACUGCUCCAACCCAUCCUAUGCUCGGGCACCAUUGGUCCAGUGGCGCUGGACAGACCUCUUCGGGAAGCGGAAGGAACGGCUUCUGCUCCAGGUGCUGAACGGGAAUGUGUCCGGGCACGCCGACCGGGCUGACAUGGGAAUAUCCUUCCAGGCCUGUGCGGGAAAUGGGAACUGCUCACUCACUGUGAACCCUGCCCAGGAUUACGCUGGACUCUACCACUGCGUUGUGUGGACCUCGAAACGCAUCACUGAAGAGAAGAUGUGGCUCAUCUACGGAGGGGAGGACCGGACGCACGGAGCGAUCUACGUGGCAGUGGGAGUUGGCGUGGGGACGCUCGUGCUGGUCCUAACCGGGCUCGUCUGGUUCUGCAAGAGGAAAGCGAGAGAUCAGGGAACUCAGAGUGCUGUAUCCCGGGUGGGCCCUACUUCAAACCAAGCCCUUUACAAAAACGUUGACAAUGGCGCUAAUCGUCAAGGAGACAGGCAAACUGUAAAUUCCACGUACAUGGAUCUCAACUUAAACGAGCAGGAAGUGUACAGCAACCUGAUACAGUAAGACAGCGUCCAGGAAGAACACAAGACCAUAACGACUAGGAGCUGGAGUAGCCCACCUGACCCAUCGGGCCCCCUCCGCCAUUCGAUAGCAUCAAGGCUGGUCUCAGCUCCACUCCCCCUCCCACUCGUCGUAACCCUUAAUCCCUUUACCGUUCCAAAAUCGGUCUCUUAAAAAAAAGACAUCCGACGAUCAACUGCUUCCCUGGGCAGAGAAUUCCACAGAUUCACAACCCUCUGGGUGAAGAGGUUCCUCCUCAACUCAACUCAGUCCAAAAUCUGCUCCCCCCUUAUUUCGAGGCCCCUUUGUUCUAGUUUCACCCCCCCAGUGGAAACAUCCUCCCUACUUCUAUCUGACCUAUUCCCUU